UGCUCAUAUCUACAAAUUUCAGACGGAUUGAAGGGUGGAGAGUGGAUGAAUGAUGGGUGCCAUUUGGUCUCUUCCAAUUUAACACAUACCACGUGCAAUUGCAAACAUCUAACUAAUUUCGCUCUGCUCAUCAACGUCGUGCCUUAUGACGCAUAUAAACUUUCACCCACUCACGAAACGGCCUUGAAAGUGUUGACCUUCAUUGGAUGCACGAUUAGUAUCAUCACUCUCGCCCUCUCUUUCAUCAUAUUCUCUCUUGUCAAAUCCAUCCAAUGCGAACGCAACACCAUCCACAAGAACCUAUCAGCUUGCUUGUGCCUCGCCGAGAUCGGCUUCCUAUUGGCUAUAUCCAGUAAUAACUCCUAUAGCCUGUGCAAAGUGAUAGCCCUGAUGUGCCACUUCCUCUUCCUCUGUUCUUUCAGCUGGAUGUUGAUGGAGGGCAUUCAACUCUACCUCAUGCUCAUCAAAGUUUUUCAAUCCAAGAAAUCCAGGAUUGCCUGGAUAUAUGCUGUUGCAUACGGCGUUCCCACGUUGAUCAUCAUCAUAACUGCCAGUGUGAAUCUCAAUGGAUAUGGAACCGAAAACUUUUGCUGGCUGAGCAGUGAGACAGGAAUGAGAUGGGCGUUUGUUGGGCCUGCCAUAUCUGUGAUCGUGUUGAACUUGUUCUUGCUAAUGAUGGCGACGUACGUGAUGUGCAGGCACUCCAAUAGCCUCAGCAGUAAUAAGGAUAGCACGCUCAAACAGAUAAGCUGGUGGAUGAAAGGGCUGUCGACCUUGAUAGUGCUACUCGGCGUGACGUGGCUGGUGGGCGUCUUCAACAUGGUUGGUCGCAGUGUUUUCCUCACCUACGUCUUCGUCAUCGUCAACUCCCUACAGGGGCUGUUCAUAUUCAUCUUCCAUUGCCUCCUCAAUAAUAAGGUUGGAAUGGGAAGUCGUAUGGUUGGUUGGUUGGUUGUUUGGUUGGUUGGUUUGCUGGUUGGUUGGUUAGCUGGUUGGCUGGUUGAUUUUUUGGUUAAUUUGUUGGUUGGUUGA